AUGAUUUUCGGUUUAGCUUUGCACUAUCAAGUAGUUGUGAAAGACAGCGAAAUGGAUAUAAGACAUUUUAUUUUUUUUACCACUGCGAUAAUAUCGUUGAUAUCUUUCACCCGACUGGCUAUGAAAUGGCCAAAGCUUAUAAAAAAAUGGUGUCAACUUGAUGAAAAACUCAAUUCCAUAUACGGAUAUCCAAAAUAUUUAAAACUAAAGUUACAAAUUUUUGUGGCAGGUUGGAUACUUCUAAUUUUUGGCGAAUACAUUGCUUUAAUUCUGUCAAAAUUUGUAUUGAAUGAUACUAGUGGUGCUAUAACUUUACAACAAAUUAUGAAAAAACGAUACUUCUACAUAUUUUCGUACGUCCCAUAUAAUACUUUUGUACUCUCAGCACUGGGUGUUAGUUUACCAUUGGUUUCCAAUUACGUGGCUUUGUUUAUAAUUGAUUUAUUCAUCAUUUUGAUAAGUAUAACAAUAUCUUUCAGAUUUAAACAAAUCAAUGAAGUUCUACAGCAACACAAAAACAAAAACAGUUCUAUUAACUUCUGGAUGACCGUUCGUAAAAAUUAUAGCGAAAUGGGUAAUCUCUUCAUGGACAUUAAUGACUCAAUAUCAAACAUUGUGGUGCUGUCUUAUGGUUCAAAUAUGAUUGUUUUGAUAAACAAUUUAGGAAGAUUUAUCAGUAACGAUGUUGAUGAACACAAGACAAUUUUUGAAAUUUAUUCUUUCGUUUUUUUGAUAAUAAGACUCUUUCUGGUGUAUUUUUUCUCCGCACGAAUUAAUUCAGAGAGUAGGAAACCGAUCAGAAUUCUUUUUGCAGUUUCUACCGAAAUUUAUAACGUUGAGAUUCGACGAUGGUACAUGCAAAUGAAACUAGAUAGUAUUGCUUUAACUGGAAAUACGUUAUUUAAAAUAACACCAGGGUUAAUUUUAAGUAUUUGUGGGGCCAUUGUUACUUAUGAAUUAAUAUUUAUACAGUUCAGUAAUCCUAGGUAAGGAUUUAUCGAAUACAUAUUAAAUAAGAAAAAUAAGAAAUAUUUAUUAUUUGUCUUAAAAUUAGAACUAUUAUAAUAUAUAUAUCAUAAUAUUGGGUGACUGUUAACGAUUGAAGCAAAUUUUUGAGUUGGCAAUUUUGAAU